AUGGAGAUUCCAGAGUUCACCGAUCAAGGGUCACAAGUUUCCCUCAUAAACGAAAACGCCUCACAGCGAUUGAGACUUCCAAGACGCAAAGUAAACGCCGUCGUCUCUGGAGUCGGAACCGCGCUCGGCAACUGCAAGGGCCUCAUAACAAUAGAAUGCAAGUCGAUACAUUCCGACUUCGCAUUUGAAACCGAGGCUCUUGUUAUGAAAAAACUUAUAAAUAACUUACCAAAUUCUACACUUCAAUCUACAACGUGGGACUAUCUACAAAACUUAAAGCUGGCGGAUCCGGAGUACAACGUACCCGGGCCGAUUGAUAUACUGCUCAGCGCAGACAUCUACUCGAAGAUAAUUGAUGAGGGUGUACUGCGACGCCACCCCAACUCUCCAGUGGCGCAACUUACGAAACUCGGAUGGAUUUUAAGCGGAAACGUCAAAACAUUGAACUGCCUAGUUACGCUAAAUGAACUAGAUACGCUAACUAAGUUCUGGAAAACCGAAGAUAUCACCAACCAGGACCAACUAACGGACACUGAAAACUUCUGUGAACAGCGAUAUAAAGAAACAACUGAACGAUUAACUACCGGCCAAUACGUCGUAAAAAUGCCGCUCAAACGCGACAUUGCCGAAAAACUAGGAAAAACAAAACCGCAGGCUAUUGCUCAAUUUAUGUAA